GAUUAUUUUUCAUUUUAGGAUUUGAGCAAAUAGUAAAGACACGUUUCAUGUUCCAGCAGUGUACCGCAAAAUGGAACAUGGUGCGCGUUCUGCAAGACGCACCGUUUUAGAACGUUCAGAUGGAAAUAGGCUAUGUAGAACAAACAUGCCUCUGACGUCGAAUAAUAACGAAUCACAUUCGGCUCGAUUCGUGGCUUUAUCUGAAACGUUUCGUAACUGAACAUUGCCCUGGAAGCGGAAGUGUGCGGUCCACGUGGUGCGAUGUGCUGUUUUUGAGUUCAUUCAUUUCUGGCAUGAACAAUGGAGCAAUGAAAAAUAAUAUAAUUCAAGACUAGAAGUUAAAAACCUAGUCUAACCUAAAUCAGGUAGCUAGUUUAUUAGUCCGUGUUUUCUUGACUAUCUGGUGUAACACAUGUAAGUUAAUACAUUUAUUGUAUAAAAUAUCAAAUAAUUUGCAUUGCAAACACUUAGCACGCUAGCUUGAGUGAAUCUGACUCAGAGUUGCCUGAUGAAAAGUACAGUAAAUACCAAUAUGAUCAAGGAAAACCGAUGGAACAUACCCCCAAAUGCCCCUGCGUGCAUGGAGAAGCAUUUGGACUCGGUGCAGUACAGGGCAGAUGGCACCCUGUUGCUGGGGGCCUCCAGUCUGACUGGCAGAUGCUGGCUUGGCUCCAUCUGGGUCUACAGUGACCCCAAGCAGUCUCCCAACGAGGGCUUCUGCAAGGCUGGUGUGCAGACAGAGGCUGGGGUCACAGAGGCAAAGUGGGUUUCAGAGAGGGGCGUCCUAGUUGCAUCUGACUCUGGUGCUAUUGAGCUGUGGGAGCUAGCGGAGGAUGAGAGUCUGCUGGUGAAUCGGUUCACUAAACUCGAACAUGAUCACAUCGUCACCAGCGUGAGCCCUGCUGGGUCAAACCACGCUGUCAGCGGCAGUAUGGACUGCCGAAUCAAAGUCUGGGACCUUAGUCAGGGGGAAGUGGUCAGCACGUAUAACGCUCACUCUAAGCCAGUCACUUGUGUGUCCUGCAAUCCAUCCGAUGACUCCCUCUUCCUCUCAUGUGGCCAGGAUGGCCGUCUGUUGCUUUGGGACAGGAGGAAACCCACCAAACCAGCUUCUAGAUUAGAGAUAGAGCCCAGCUGUUGCCCUACCUCAGUGGCCUGGCAUCCCCACCACAGGACCACAAUUGCCUACGGUGACGAGCUAGGACGCGUGACUCUGAAAGACUUUCAGGGCACAGAGCCUGCCCAGACGCAGAGCACCCACAGCCGUAGGGUCUCCAGCCUAGCCUUCUCCUCACACAGUGCCCCCUUGCUAGCCUCCAUCAGUGAUGACUGCUCGGUUGCUGUGAUGAACUCAGAGCUUAAGGAAACGUUGAGAGACAGGAGGCACCAGGACUUUGUUCGGGGUGUCUGCUGGGCCCCUGGUGGUUCUGACACACUGACCACCGUGGGCUGGGACCACCAGGUCCUCCACCACAUCACGGGACAGGAUGGACCUGCCACUGGUGACUCCACGUCCCCACCGUAGACCCACCACCCAGCCUGGGUCAGGGGAUAGGGGAAAGGUGGUGGUGGUGGUGGAAGUAUGGGGUUUUGUAGAAGGGGAGGGGGGGGUUGAUGGGUUGGCAUGAGGGUAGAAGUUGUCAAUACCCACCACACUGGAACAGAGAACAGGGCAGUGUACUGAUGGUUUCCCCCAAUCCUAGUCUCAAAGUACCCAUGUUGAUGCAGGUUUUCUUUCCAACGGAUUUAUAAAUUAAUUCUGUGUUAAGGUAGAGUCAGCAAUGUACCAAGUCAAUCAGGACGUUUUCUAGCACCAACUAAGAGUAAAGCUAAACAUUUCAUCUUUUUUCGUCCUGCAGCUAUCCCGUUGAGGCAGCACAUGCGCAUUUGUCUUGUGGCAGCAAAGUCUUGCGCUGCAGAUUUGCGGUUCAUCCUGUUGCUCGUAGCGAUGUCAUACGCCGAGUCUCAGUUCUAGGUUUAUUAGCCACUUGUAGGACAUUACCUGUGGUGUGCAGUUGUUUGUUCUUGGGGAAAUUAACAAAGUGAUGGAUUGGGGUAGUUAUCGUGUGGGUUACUUGAAGACUUGGGUUUGGGAAUGCUGCCAAAGGAAAUGGGAAUCUUUAAUCUAACGAACCCAUCUGAUCACGUUUAUAGUCCAACCUCAUGUAACCUUUGUUUACCCACCCAGGGUGCUGUAUUACGUGGCAUGUAAGCCAGUCUGAGAAGUGUGAGCCACUGGCUCUUUGGAUAACAAGAUUAUGUGGGUGAAUUGGAUUUACUAGUCAAUUAUACAGUGGCGCAUUCUGAUAUAACUGGUCUGGAAUAACCUGGUUCAAGUUGUGACCACACAAUCAAUGGCAUGAGCAAUUUGUUUUCCAAAUGAAUGAAGAGUUUAUGUACAUUUGAAAAGUCUGUAAAUCUUCACUUCAGGGCUUGUUUGGACCAGUGCUUCCAUUCCAUAUUCUCCCUUGUCCAUGGCAGUUUCUUUUGUUUAAUGUUCUCAUUUCUCUCACAUGUACCAGAAACAGAAAGCACUGUCCUUAACGGUUUUCUUCCACACAAAGGCGUUCCUUGGAUUGUAUGUACAGUACAUGUCUGGUGGUGCUUUUUGGAAGUCGGAGGAGUACAACUUAACUGACAUAAUCAACUUUUUCCAUUCAAUAAAGUUUGUCUGAAUACUG